GGCCGAUUCCCAUUCACCUACCCCGCCCCUCAGGGCUGAUGGACAGCUACUCCUUCCGAGUACCCUCAUUGCCGCUACCCAUGGACACGCCCCCAAAGCCCACCCCUCGCCUGUGGAACCCCGCCCUCGACCUCCGAACCACGCCCAGUUCCAGCAGUUCUUCCGCUUCCUCUAAGAAGGUCGAGGAGAUGAGCCGAGUCCACACGAUUGUGACGUCAUCAGACUCCCGAGCCUCGUCUCCGGUGCCGGCUGUGGUCGCGUCUGCUUCCGUCAUGAAACAGCUCUCGUCGUCGAAUUCGUCUUCUCUGCCGUUAUCGUCAUCGCUGCCAGUUUCAAACUCAUCAUUAUCAGCGCCGCCUGUGUCAUCACCUUCUUCUUCUUCUUCUUCCUCGUUGUCUGUAGCUGCGUCAACGGCACCACAAUCGUCAUCAUUGUCGUCCUCGAUGUCGUCUAAAAAUAACCCUACUGUUCCAGACACCGACACUCACCACGUGACUCAAUCCUUUAAAAUGUCGACCACGCCCACAAAAGUGUCACCGCCUCUUUCACCUGUCACUGUGACAAAAGUGCCGCUCGGGGUGGGCGGGGCUGCGGUAUCUUUGUACGAACACUUACAGAGGCACUUACCAGCAGCAGCCGUGGAAAACCCUUUGGCAUUUCUAGCAGUUGCGAAGGGCGGCUUCUUCCCGAAUAUGAUUGGCGGUUUGGGCUUACCUGGAUCCCCAAUGGCCGCUCACGUUCUCCCUGGCCCCGCCCCUCCUCAUCCUUCACACGCCCUAUCUAUGUCCGAGCGACAGUUGUCUCUGCAUAACGCCUUCGCCUUGGCGCAGUCCAGAGCUGUGAUGGGGCGUCUCGUGUCCUCUAGUCAACAUUCUCCUCUCCAGGUGGGGAGAGCUGGCGGGAUAGGAUCUCACCACGGGGCGCAUCCACCUUCCCAUCCUCAUCCCCCACCACCUCAACGUCCUCCUCCCCACCUCCCCCACCCACAAGCACACCACCCACACGCCCCUCACCAACAACCACAUCACCCUGCAAGUCUCCCUCACAACCCCCACCCUCACCACCCACCACCACAACCUCCCCCUCAACAACAACAGCAACAACAACAACAACAACAACAACAACCCUCGCCGCUUUUAGCCUCAUCCCUGGCUCUCAGCGAGAGAUCCAUCUCUCUCCAAAACGCCAUCGCAAUCGCGCAGUCCCGCGCACUGAUGGAAAGAGUCAACACUAGUCAAGUCCUGUCCCCAAUCGUCCCUAUAGACAACCCAGUAUCGCACGGAUACGGCCGAAAACUUUUCCCGUGUCCACAAUGCCGUUACACAACGGACAGACGAAACAACCUCAAACGCCACAUGCUGACCAUGCAUCAAACGAGCGCCAAAAUGCUGGAAUGCUGCGGCAUCUUCUUCAACACGAAAGCCUCUCUCCGGGAACACGCCAUGAUAUUCCACUACCACGGCUACACCUGUUACUUUUGCGGCAGACGGUUCUGCAGAAAGGCGCUGCUCAAGCGGCACUUGUCUGUACACAACGGCCAGAAAGAUUUUGUCUGUAACGUCUGCGACUACGCCACGUCGCAUAAAAGUAAUCUGGAGAGGCACCGAAAGGUCCACUCACGACAGGAAGAUGGGAAGGAUGACAUGGACUGCGAGCACGGACAUCACUGCCAUGACGACAUCAAGUCCAACAGCAGUGAGGCUGUGAGUCAUGACGACGUCAGCAGUGACGAACUCUCCGUCUGUUCAGACUAUGAUGACGACAUCGACGUCGAAAUCAACGUGCACAGUGAUUGAGAAACAUGUUUUUGUUUUUUUUUAUUAACGAGUACGAUAGUGAACGUUAACUGAAACGCCAAUACGCAUAAUAAUAAUAAUAUUGAUGACGAAGUUGACGUGGAAAUCAUAAAUCAACGUGAACAGUGAUUGAGAAGUAUUAUCCCCCUUUACGUAUUUAAUAGGGAAUUGAAACAAUAAUACAUAUAAAAUUAUAAUGACGUAGUUAGGGUGAAAUCAUAAAUCAACGUGCUCAGUGAGUGAUUGAGAAUUGUAAUCGGCAUUAACGUGUGUACUAGUAAACGUUAACUGAAACGUCUAUACCUAUUAUGAUGACACGGUCAACGUGGAAAUCAACCUGCACAGUAAUAGAGAAAUGGAAUCGGUAUAGAAACUGUAUGUUGACAUUUUCAAGUGAAACGCGAGUGCUCAUUUUAUGAAGACAACAUUGGCGUGGAAAUCCAGGUGUAUAGUGAUUGAACAGUAUAUAACCUUCGCAGAGAUACAGUUCAUUUAUACAUUGUCAUGUAUGUAUCCAAAAUAUAAGAGCGAGUAUUUACUCUCGAAAGCCGACUUCUACAAAGACAUUAGUCACUUUAUGUAAACAAAUACAUUUAUGAAUGUUUGAAUACAUCAUUUGGUGACUGAAUGCUUCAUCCCUACUCAUACACCAAUGACAUCAGCUGACAUAUACUAAACUAUUGUGCUGUGUACAUAAUGAAAUCGUUGAACUAGCACUUAAUUAAUUAUUAUUUGUUUCUCUAUCUUCUCAUACUUUGCCAAUCAAUUCAUUAAGACUGUGGUAAUGUUGAAUUCAGUGUAUCUAAAUGAUAUUGUUAAUAAUAUACUUUCUGCUGUUGGGAGCUAUUUGUGAAAAAUUUAGGGUGUAAAUUCAUUUGAUUCCCUUUGUUUGUUUAUUUAAUUAUUUUGGUUUGUUUGUUUGUUGUUGUUGUUGUUGUUUGUUUGUUGUUGUUUUUUUUGGGUGUUUUUUUUUUUUUUUGGGGGGGGGGGGGUGUUGUUCAAAUUGCUUGUGUUUUGGGGUCACUUCAUCAACAUAAGUUUGGGUAUAUUGUGAAGUAAGUGAACCAACACGUUGUAUUUUGCCUUCCAACGACAUGUUCCUCCCUCCCUCUUUUUGAAUUCAACACAAUACAAAUUAAUGCUCAAACACCGAACCUGAGUUUUGUAGAAAGGAAUCUUGUAAAAAAAAUAAAAAAAUAAAAAAAAGACUGCCAUUGAAAGCACAAGUAAAGAUCAAAAAAUUGUACGUAGCUCAAAAGUCCUCUGAUCAACAGAGACUGGAAAAAACAAGUACGCAAUAUGUGAAGAUAGUAAUUAUUAUUCUAAAAAGCAUUUUUUUUUCUCCUGAUUCUUUAACGCCAUUUCAAGUUU